GAGAAAAGCUAUGUGUUUGAACACUGGCAACUGUUUGAACGAUGGCAAUUCCUGUGAACCAUGUAGGAUGACGGCCAAAGACAGGGAGACAGAGGAGGCCCACCUGUCCAACAUCAGUGCGCUGGGUCAAGCGGGGAACACAUGUGAACCCAACCUGAAGACCUCUUCCAGCGGACUUGUGAGGGAGCGGGGUCGAAACUGGGGAUGGAUGCUGUCUGGGAUCAUUUGUGUCAACAUUCUGAUCCUGGGCUGUGCCCUGGUCAGCGGCAGUGCCUACAACAAUGUGAGCAUCAGCACCCCUGACCUGCAGAUUUUCCUCAUCAUCCUCCUUCUCCUCACCUCUAUCUGGAUGGUUUAUUACAUCGUCUACACGGCCAGGAAAGAAAACGCUGUUGAUUACAAGGAUGGCCAUGCUGGACCAAUAUGGCUCAGGGGAGGACUUGUGCUAUUCGGAUUCCUCAGUGUUGUCAUGGACAUUUUCAAGAUAGCCAGCUAUGUGGGCUACCUCCACUGUGAUUCUGCUGUUAAGGUUGCAUUCCCUGUGGUGCAACUUGUUUUCAUAAUUGUGCAGACAUACUUUUUGUGCCUCCACUCCAAGGACUGUGUGCAGAUACAAAGGAACAUUUCACGCUGUGGGUUUAUGCUCAUCCUCUCUACAAAUCUAGUCCUGUGGAUGACCGCGGUCACUGAGGAGUCCCUUCACCAAACAGAAAUUCCCGACAAUCCGAGCAACAUUACUAAAAUGUCUGGGCGAAGCAUCUACAUCAAUAAAGUGGCUUAUGGAGACGAUAUGUGCAAGUGCAGCCACACGUCAUGUAGCAUGUUCAAGGAGGCCUACUACUACUUGUACCCCUUCAACAUCGAGUACAGUCUGUUCGCCUCUGCCAUGGCCUACGUCUUGUGGAAAAAUGUCGGUAGAAUUGUAGAUGAACACAGUCACCGCCACAUCAAAUUCCAUCUGAAAGAUAUAUUUCUGGGCCCUUUGACCGGAGUCCUCUUAGUGGUGGCAGGUCUGGCAACCUUCAUCGUAUAUGAAAUGGAAAUGAAGAAUGAAGACAGCGAUGAUGACAAGAAAGACAGAGCAAUGAUGAUGCACUUUGUCAUGAAUAUAGUUAUAGUGACUCUGAUGUCUGUGUCCACUGUGAUCGGCUGUGCCAUCUACAAGGUGGACCACAGAGAGCAUGUAUCAGACAAAAACCCCACACGCAGCCUGGACGUAGGGCUGCUGGUGGGAGCCUCACUGGGACAGUUCAUCAUCAGCUAUUUCACUAUUGUAGCCAUGGUUGCAACUGGAGCCAAAGGACACCUAAACAGGCUCAACCUGACCUGGGCUAUUCUGAUGGUGAUCCAACUUGGCCUGCAGAACUUUUUCAUCAUUGAAGGUCUACACCGGGAGCCCUUCCACGAGGUGCAACCGGAUGUCACCGUGGUAGCAAAUCCAUAUGUGCUGCAGCCAACCAAAUCAGUGAGCAGUCUUGAAGGAUCAGACAUGGACACAAAGCCCAGUCCAGUAUUCACAGUAGACAGCCUGUACGGCCAGGCAGUUGAGCACAAACACAAACUGUUGUGGAAGAGACGGGUGUUGAAGGAGGUCUGUUCCUUUCUGCUGCUGGGCAACAUCAUACUGUGGAUCAUGCCAGCCUUCGGCGCUCGCCCACAGUUUGACCACCACAGUGAAACUGAGUUCUACAAAUUCUACAUGUGGGCUGCUAUUGUGAAUAUUGGACUUCCUUUUGGCAUCUUUUACCGCAUGCAUGCAGUCGCCAGUCUCUUUGAGGUUUUUCUGACCUCAUAGCGCUGCAAGAGCAUACGAUGUGUACAUCUAUUUUCACAUUAUAAACCUUUUUCUUACAAAUUGUAGUUUGUUUUCAUGAUGCUUUGUUGUCUCUCCAUAUACUUGUGAGGUAGAUAUUGACAAUUAUGUGACAAUGUAAAUGUAUUCAAAACGUUAUUUUAAAGAGUUACAAAGCAGCUAAUCUUGUAUGACUUGUUUUAUGCUUAAGCCUCUGUAUGCACAA